GUGCCCUCUCCGCCCGUAGUUUCAUUCCGUGUUUCCUAAGCAUCAACCCCAAGGCUUCUAUGGGGUCUUGAGGACGUUGUUCCACCAAUAUUGUUAAGGCCAUAACAAGGCAUUCGGCAAGAUCCUGAAGAUAAUGUGUGUCCCUGAGGGUCGUGUCACCUGUGUCCCUUGUAGGCCUACCACCCGUAGAAUCGGUCUUUUUUUCAUUUUCCAUCACAUUUUGCAGCUUUAUUGUAUCAGCUACAUUUUAUGUAGUCAUGAGACUGAAUCAUAUUCUGCUCGAAAAUUGCUUUACUCAUUUCGCACAAUUUUCAAUUAUAUUCCGAAUAUUUAUGUUCUGUUAUACUGUUGGUCGGGCUCGAAAGUGUGGUCGUACUCGAUGUGAAAUAACCUUUAACUCCACGUGAAAAUAAAGUGUGUGUCCUCAACUUUCCAUCUAUGUCAGAUGUAAAUAUUCAACUGCGUGUCAAAUGAUCCCAAUAACUUUGGUCACAUCAUUCCUGAAUUUUUCUAGUACUCAGCCGAGUUCCCUGCGCCUACUUGCUCUGUUAAUCUCACAUGGCGUCAUUGGUUACCGCCACUCUUUUGACAAAGAAGUUUAGAAAAAGAGCAUUUCCGGUGUGAAGCGAUGGACACGCUGCUGAGGAUCGUCGGAGCGGUGGCGAUACUUUUACUUCUAAAUGUCGAGACGUCGAUCUCAGAUAAAGAAACCAAGACAGAUCCUCGAUGGGAAAAAUAUUACAAGAAAAUUGAAAAUGCGGUGAAAAAUUAUAAGGAGUGUAUCCAGGAAGAUUGUUCCUGCCAUGCAGAGGUUAUUGAGGAAGACUUGGCAGUAUGGAAGAAAGCAGGAGGAAUCUUGAAAGAAAAAUUUGAUGCUGCCAAAGAACGUGGUACUCACUACCAAAUCAUCAACCACAAGCUGUAUAGAGAGGAUGACUGCAUGUUUCAAUUUAGAUGUAGUGGUGUAGAGCACUUUGUUCUGGAACUUAUUAAAAAACUUCCUGACAUGGAGUUUAUACUGAACACACGGGACUAUCCACAGUCACCCAAGUAUUGGGAUCCCUUGCCUGUGUUUUCAUUUAGUAAGGUGAGAAAAGAACAUCAUGACAUUAUGUAUCCAGCAUGGACAUUUUGGGAAGGAGGCCCCGCUGUGUGGCCAAUUUAUCCCACGGGCCUAGGACGCUGGGACCAGCAGCGGGAUAUUACUAAGGAGCAGUAUGAUAUAAUGUACCCUGCGUGGACAUUUUGGGAGGGAGGGCCUUUCAUUUCGGUGUACCCCAAGGGCAUAGGAAGGUGGGAUCUCAUGAGAAAGCUGAUACCAGAAAAAGCCGAACAGUGGCCGUGGGAGAAAAAGAAAAAUCUUGGGUAUUUCAUAGGCUCACGCACCAGUGAUGAGAGAGAUCCGCUUAUACUGCUUUCGCGAAAAAGGCCUGAUCUGGUCGAUGCACAAUACACUAAAAACCAAGCGUGGAAGUCAGACAAGGACACGCUCCAUAUGCCCCCGGCCCAGGAGGUCAAGCUGGAGGACCACUGUCCAUACAAAUAUUUGUUCAACUUCCGUGGAGUAGCAGCCAGUUUUAGGCUAAAGCAUCUCUUCCUCUGCGACUCUGUGGUAUUCCAUGUCGGGGAUGAAUGGUUGGAGUUCUUCUAUCCAGCAAUGAAACCGUGGGUCCAUUAUAUACCUGUGAAACAAGAUCUGUCCGAUGUUCAGGAACUCCUGGAAUUUGCACAAGCCAAUGAUGAUGUUGUUAGAGAGAUUGCUAAAAGGGGACGUCAGUUUAUAUGGGACCACCUGAGAAUGGAGGAUGUGAAAUGUUACUGGGAAAAGCUCCUGAAACAAUAUGCCAAACUGUUGAAAUUUAAACCAAAAAGAAACAAAAAUUACAAGCAAAUCAAACCAACAGCUGAGAGGGAUGAGCUCUGAUGUUAUUUUCUCUUUAUUUUAUGCAUUUUAAGCUUACUAUAGUAUGUCAAUUUUUCUGUGACAUCCAAGUAUUGGAGGUUUGAAAGGGUCAAAUUAUUGU